AUGGAGGACGCCUGGGCUUUAGAGGUAAGAUGUGUGUGACCUGUGCGCCUGUGUAUUCUUUUUUUUGUUUGUUUGUUUGUUUGUCCCCGCUCCUCGUGUUCGGCCUCUGAGCCGCCGCGAGUCGACGGAGAGGAGCAGGAAAGUGCGCUCUACACCCCCCCUUCCCCGGGGGGCGUCGGGCCCAGCGCCCUCUGCAAGACAGGCCAUCCCGCGGGGGACGGUCGCGUCGUCUCUCAUCCUACGCGUCCGUUCUUCUCGUCAGCUGAGCCGGCGCCGGCACGGCGACGAAGAGGACGGACCCGUGGUUCUGAGACGACGCGUCCCCCGCUCCGGGGUUCGGCCGCUGAGACGACGCGCAGCACGUCGACGGAGAGGAGCAGGAAAGUGCGCUCGAGACGACGCGUCCCCCGGGUUCGGCCGCUCCGGAGGGUUCGGCCGCUUCGAGACGACGCGCCGCACGUCGACGGAGAGGAGCAGGAAAGUGCGCUCUACCCCCCCUUCCCCGGGGGGCGUCGGGCCCAGCGCCCUCUGCAAGACAGGCCAUCCCGCGGGGGACGGUCGCGUCGUCUCUCAUCCUACGCGUCCGUUCUUCUCGUCAGCUGAGCCGGCGCCGGCACGGCGACGAAGAGGACGGACCCGUGGUUCUGAGACGACGCGUCCCCCGCUCCGGGGUUCGGCCGCUGAGACGACGCGCAGCACGUCGACGGAGAGGAGCAGGAAAGUGCGCUCGAGACGACGCGUCCCCCGCUCCGGGGUUCGGCCGCUGAGACGACGCGCCGCACGUCGACGGAGAGGAGCAGGAAAGUGCGGCUACGGUCCAAGACCGUCCCGAGGAGGGGGAAAGCGCCGGAGGCGAGUUUGGAAAAAGGGAAAAACGGGGGACGGAGGAUUCGUCUGCGAGUCGACGUGCUGA